AUGGAAGAAAAGUUAAAUGAAAUGGAACAAGCUGGUAUCAUCACAAGGACAUCAACGCCUUACAGUAGUCCAUUGACAUUCACUCUUAAAAAAGACGGCUCAAUUAGAGUUCUGCUUGAUGCCAGAAGCAUAAAUAAGAAAAUGGUUGCAGAAACAGAGAAACCACCUAUACAAUUAGAUGUUUUGAAUUCAUUUCACGGAGCGAAUUAUAUCACUACCAUUGACUUAAAUAAUGCAUAUUUUCAAAUUCCGAUAAAUAAAGAUGGUAGAAAAUAUACUGGAUUCACAUUCAAUGGAAAGUCAUAUGUAUAUAAUGUUUUGCCGCAAGGAUUAAAAACAUCAGUAGGAAGCUUUAGCAGAGCCAUGAAUUUAAUAUUAGGACCAGAAGUCCAAGAAUUUUGUGUGAACUAUUUAGAUGAUCUAGCCAUUAUUACAACAGGAACGUUAGAUAAACAUUUGGAGCACAUUGAUAUUGUUUUAAGUAAAUUGAACAAAGCUGGCUUAACGUGUAACUUGCAGAAAUGUGAAUUUAUUUGUAAAGAAAUUAAAAUGCUGGGUUUUAUAAUUUCAACAGAAGGCAUAAAGAUAGAUCCCGAUAAGAUUCGAGCGAUCCAAGAGUUUCCAGCACCUAAAAAGAUUAAACAAUUAAGGGCCUUUUUAGGUCUAUGCAAUUUUUAUAGAAGGUUUAUACCAAAUUACAGCGAGAGCAUAAUACCGCUCUGUGAAUUACUUAAAAAGGGACGAAAGUUCCAAUGGAGCGGUAAAGAACAGAAGGCAUUUGAUUUUAUAAAACAACAAUUUAUUAAUACAAUACAAUUGCAUCAUCCAGACUUUAAUAAGCCGUAUUAUUUACAAACAGAUUGUUCCGGUGUGGGUAUGGCCGGAGUACUAUAUCAGAUAGAUGAUAAUAAUGAAAUGAGAAUUUGA